AUGAGGCUCAUUUGUCUGCUGCUCUUUGCAACCGUGUCGUGUGCUUUUCCAAGUAAGGAGGCCGCGGCAGUGGACCCCGCUGCUACAGAGUCUCGCUUCGCCCUGCUGGAUGACGUGCGCCUGCUGGCCAACGGGCUGCUGCAGCUCGGGCAAAGCCUGAAGGAGUUUGUGCACAAGACCAAGGGCCAAAUCAACGACAUCUUCCAGAAGCUCAACGUCUUCGACACGUCCUUCUACCAGCUGGCAGUGGUGACCAACGAGAUCAAGGAGGAGGAGGAGGAGCUGAAGAAGACCACCACUUUCCUCAAGGCCAACAACGAGGAGAUCAGGAACCUGUCGCUGGAGAUCAACUCCAAGAUUAACAGCAUCCUGCAGGAGCGCAGCCAGCUGCACAGUAAGGUGGGGGCUCUGGAGGGGCGGCUGAGGGACCUGUCUCAGCACCUGCACCCCACGGAGCAGCUCACCGAGAUCUCCGCCCUCAAGGAAGUGAUUGACAGCCAGGAGAAGAGCAUCACAGAUCUCCUGAAGGCAGUGAGGGAACAGCAUGAUCAGCUCAACUACCAGAAGAACAAGAUCAAAAGCUUGGAGGAUAAGCUAAACUUUGAUAUGUCCCAAGAGACUGCUGAACAACCAGCGGAUUCAAACCCAGAAGCACACAAAACUUUUGAAUACCUGACAAAUAAUUCAACCAGCACCAGCUUUGACAUGAAUAAUCUUCCUAUGGACUGCAAUGAACUUUUCAGUAGAGGGGAGAGAAACAGUGGAAUAUACCCCAUCAAGCCGAACCAGUCUGAGCCUUUCAACGUAUACUGUGAAAUAACUGCAGAAGGAGCGUCUACGGUCAUCCAGCGCAGACAGGAUGGGUCGGUGGAUUUCGAUCAGUCUUGGGAAAACUACAAGAACGGAUUUGGGGAUCUUGAGAGAGAGUUCUGGCUGGGCCUGGAGAAGAUCUACUCCAUUGCCAGACAAAGUGAGUCUAUCCUGCAGAUUGAGCUGGAGGACUGGAAGGAGGAAACGCGCUUCUUGCAGUACCAGUUCAGCCUGGAAGGCCCUGCCUCCCACUACACUAUUCACCUGAAACAACUGUCCGGCAACGUGCCCGAUCCCAUGGCCAAUCAUACUGGCAUGAGAUUCUCCACCAGGGACAGUGACAAUGAUAAUGACAAGGACUACAACUGUGCCAAAAGCUACACAGGUGGCUGGUGGUUCAACGCCUGUGGGGAAACCAAUCUGAAUGGGAAGUACAUCUGGGUGAGACCAAAGGGACGUACCGAGCGGCAGAGAGGGAUAUACUGGAGACCCGGGAGUGGGAACUCCUACUCCCUUAAAUCCACCAAGAUCUCAAUCCGCCACGUACCCGAUGUCAGCAGCUUCCAUUAA